AUGGGUGCAGUUUGUGACCUCUUGGGCCCUCGUUAUGGCUGUGCCUUCCUUAUCAUGCUUUCCGCCCCGACUGUGUUCUGCAUGUCCUUUGUGAAUGAUGCUGCAGGAUAUAUAGUAGGUGGGGAAACAUGGGGUGGUGGAGCCACUCAGCUCAUAAUAAUGCCCUUGGUGUAUGAGUUGAUUAGAAGAGCCGGGGCUACUCCCUUCACUGCCUGGAGAAUUGCCUUCUUCGUUCCAGGUUGGUUGCAUGUCAUCAUGGGGAUCUUGGUCCUAACCCUAGGCCAAGAUUUACCUGAUGGCAAUCUUGGUACCUUGCAGAAGAAGGGUGAUGUUGCCAGAGACAAAUUCUCCAAGCUACACACUGCUGGAAUCAUCGCUGCUUCCUUUGGAAUGGCAAAUAUCCUGGCUCGUCCCUUUGGUGGAUACACUUCUGAUCUUGCAGGCAGGUUGUUUGGUAUGAGGGGCAGGCUUUGGAACCUGCGGAUCCUCCAAACCUUAGGAGGUGUUUUCUGCGUAUGGCUUGGUCGUGCCAACUCACUUCCCAUUGCAGUUUUGGCUAUGAUCCUCUUCUCCAUUGGCGCUCAAGCAGCCUGUGGUGCAACUUUUGGCAUCAUUCCUUUGGGUCUGUGGGGUGGCAUGUUCUUCCCUCCUUCAAAAUACAUUAACAAGUCCACUGAACAAUACUAUUACGCCUCUGAAUGGAAUGAAGAGGAGAAGCAAAAGGACUUACACCAGAAUAGUCUCAAGUUUGCCGAGAAUAGUCGUUCAGAGAGGGGUAAGCGUAUUCAGGAUGCGGAAUUCUUAGCUGGUGAAUGCAUGAUAUCACACUAA